AACCUCAUGGUUCCUAGUCGGAUUCAUGUCCGCUGCGCCACAAUGGAAACUCCUAAAGAAGUGUUUUUAAAAUGCCACUAUUCCUUGUCUGAAGGAGCAAGAGCUGAAGCACCUGUUGAGACUCACUCUAAGUAAACUCGUGGUCACUAAUGGGGAUAGACCCACUGAAGAUGUUGAAAGGUACACCAACAAUAAGUGUUACGUGCUUUAUCUUUUGAUUUCGAGGAGGAAAGGCAGAUUUUUAAUGCAUUAACCUUCAGCCAUAUUCUCACAUGCAGGUGAAGUCAUUAAAGAAUUUCACAUGCGGGAGAUAGUAAGAAACUAUGGUUCCUUAGUUUUGCACUAGGAAGAAAAUUCUAUUACUCUGUAAUAGAAUGUUUCCUGGUUCAAUGUUGACAAAUGUUGUGUUCACAAUGUGGUAGAAAUUAAAGUCCCAUUUCACCUUUACCUGUUCAGUGAUGGCGAUAGCUGUCUUUUAUUGAGCAUCUUACACCGCAAGGUGCUGUCUGUGUAAGGUCCCUAAUUCUCACCUCGACUCCAGAAGCAGGUGUUGUUAUCCCAGCUUACACAUUAGGAAACUGAGGAUCAGAGAAGUUAAGAAACUUACCUAAUGUCACAGAGGAAAUAGCAGAGGCAGGAUUGGAAUUUGGGUGUAUUUCAAACCUAGAUGGACCUGUUUCUAAACACCACAUUCUUUUCUCUAUCUGCACUGAGUUUUAAUUAUUUAAAACUCUAGAAACACGAACAAAAGCUAAUUCAAACUUAGCCAAGCAGAUGGGAAUCAAACAAAACAAGUAUGCAUACUCUAGUUAGAAGAGUGUCCAAACAAAUGAACAGUCGCUGUCAGAUUUUAAAUUAUCUCAACCCAAUUCCAAAAUAUUACCCUAUAGAGAGCUGCACUUGGCCUAGUUAUGGAUCACCCCCAUUCCCCAACAGGGGUGCCCAAGUGGGUAAGAGAAUUGCCAGGAUAUGUAUUCCCUCUGCCCUGGGGGCUUCCUGGGGGGGGAGGCACAGGAAGGCCAUCCCCAGGCAUGUCCUCCUGGCCAGGAAUGGCUCGUGGAUUUACCCUAGCGAAUCAUACAGAUACCAUCUCUUUUAAUGUCUGCCAGCCCUUGAAAAAAGUCAGGAAGCACUAGGCUAAAGAGUGCUGAUGCAGGAAACAAUACAAGUAAUUUUGACAUAGGUGUGAGAACUGAUCUCUGCUCCCAACAUCACCACCCACUGUAAUGAUUUAUAACCCUCAAGCCAGUUGAUUUUUAGUGUAUUUUUGAUUUGGCUUGAAAGGAACUCUCUGGUAUUAUUAAGACACAUAGCAUCAGGAAGAGAGAUUCCAAAGCAGUGUGCUGUAGACAGUAGAGAGAAAUCAUGCGCCCCACUCUGCAUUCACGUAUAACACUAUUCUGUCCUGGUCACUUUGAAUUAUGCAGAUAAGAAGAUCAAUACAAAAAAACCAUUUGCAUUCAAGAUUGUUAUAGUUCUCACCGAGAGAAAAACCAAAUACCUUGGAGAUGAGGAAUAGUCAUUAAGGUGUACUAAAGUAGAGACCGACUUACUACUAAUGCUGAGUGAAGAAAAAGAGUGGAAUUUUUGACUUCUGGCUGUGAUCAGUUGUAGUGAUUUUCAGAACGUAUAUGAAUAUAUUCAGUAUCACUUAAUAGCGGAAUGAUAUUCAGGAAAACAUCCAUUGGAAUUUUCAUUCAGAUGCUCUGUGUACUUGUAAAACUUUGCAUUCGUUAACUUGUCUGCUCUAUUUAGAUUUGUUUUGGAAGUUUAUUUAGAUAAAUAUUUUUACGAAAAACACAGAACACUCUGUGGCAGAGUAUUAUUUAUUGACCGUAAUUCAUGAAAUAAUCUAUUUUUACUCCUCUGAGAAAUACUUGUUUUUGAUAUAUCUCCAUUAAGUGCUUUUGUCAUGCGAGGAUAUUUCGAUGUUUUUAUAAAACUGAUUGUUAAGGUAACAGGUAUAGUAUUUUAGGACACUUUACGGGCAGCCUUUGCUUUUUCAUGGAAACCUACACCUGAAAAAUUCCCUGGGAAGCAGAAAAAGAACCAACAGUCCCUUCUACCUGCCAUCUCUUUUGCGUAACAGCAUCGCUCCUCGUUUCCACCACCAGAUGGUAUUUUUCUAUAAACUGAAAUGUUAACUUUGCCUCUUCUGCCCGUCCCUCCCCUGCAUGGAGAGCUGCUCUGCCAAGAGCAGGCUUAGGGGCAGGAGAGGACCAAGACAGAAUCCCAGAAGAUGGGGCAGACACGUGCUUGCUUAAAUCACCACAGUCCUUUAGAGUGACGAGGGGGACAAGUGAAAUGAAAGCAAGCUAUUGUAAAGGCUGUCUAAUGGGCAGAUAAAAAAAAGCGAAACAGCGCACAGUAGGGACUAUGUAUGGUCUGUCAUAUUUUUAAAUAUACUUGUUUGUAUUCUUUUUGCCUUAUGAAAAAAACAAAUAAUGUGUAAUAGUUUUGAAGGGUAGAAGUUCUACCUAGUUUUGAGUGAGUUUUCUUCAAGAGGGUGAGAGUGUUACGAUGCUAAACUUGCCCAAAAAAGAGACCACUGAGAUGCUGAUAAUUUUAGUAAUCUUUUAAAAAAUGUUGAGGAGGCAAAGGUUACAAAUUAUGCCAUACCAAAAUAAAUCUAUAAAUCUGUUUGGGGUCACUACUUUGACUUUCGAUUGAUUCAGUUUGUAAUAACUCUUAAUGACCUCUGUUUACAAUAAAGACUCUGUAAAAUUGUUUGCUGUUCAUUUUUUAAUUGCUGAAAUAUUAGCAGGUUUCCACUUAAUCAUAUAAACGUGCCGAAUGUAAAUACAGCUUGAGCCUUGGACGCUGCCGGUAUUUGUGUAAUCUCUGGAGUCCUGGAGCUCAGAGUUAGAAAUUGUACAGCCCCCGUCUGGCAAGCCUCUCUCCAGUGGCUUUUCCCCCAGUAUCCCAGGGGAAUGUGCAUCUCACUGUCCUUGUCACCCCUGUCAAGCUGCAAGAGGCCAGACCCUGGAGGCGAGCGAGUUGGUUUGCCAUAGGGCAGGCUCCAGGCCAGAUGGGUGGAGCUUCAAAGACUCAGGUCUAAAAUCCCCACCUGGCAUGAUUCAGAGAGAGAGCGAGCCGCUUGAAAACUCCCUAAGGAGCAAAGGCAUGAUGAAAAACCUGUGUUUCCGAAUCCUCACCAUGAUUAUAGGUCUUUGUUUGACUGGUACAAUGACAAACCCAUCAAGACAAAGCAGUAAUUUAUUCAAUUCUGAGCGCCAAUGGAACAGAUAUCUUCCGACAGAGCAUUCUGCUGCUGGAAAGCAUGCGACACCCGUGGAUACACAGGUAGCAGCCACAGUGGAUACAAGUUCCAAUUUCUUUAGGGGUCUCUUACAAAUGCACAUGAGAAAAGAAGAAUGGAAUAUAAAACAUCUGGACCUCAGUAACAGUCUCAUACCAAAAAUCACCUUCAGCUCUCUUGCACAUUUUCACAGCUUGGAAGUACUGAACCUCAGCAAUAACACCAUCCACUCCGUGUCAUUGGACCUACCCAGUGUUAAGUCGUCAUGGGUGAAGCGCCACCAAGGCAGCUUGAGAAACGGGCUUCCAUUUCUAAAGUUGCUCAUUCUCAAAGGAAAUAAACUCGGCAGCAUUCCCAAGGGGCUAUGGAAACUGAAGUCAUUACAGAGUUUGGAUCUAUCAUUCAAUGGGAUAUCAGAAAUUGGUAUAUCUGAUUUUCAUAGCUGCCUGCAACUGGAAAACCUCCACUUAAAAAGCAACAAGAUAUUCAGAAUCCAUCCAGCAGCCUUCAAGGACCUAAAAAAAUUACAGGUUGUAGACCUCAGCAACAAUGCUCUGACCACCAUCCUGCCGAUGAUAAUCGUGGCUCUAGAACUUCCCCACCUACAGGCCAACUUGGCUGAUAACCAGUGGCAGUGUGACAACAGCGUGGCAGUCUUCCAAAAUUUUAUUUCAGAAUCCUGGAGGGAAAAGUGGAACACAGUUUGCAACAAGUCCACAGGGAAGGAAGAGGCAUACCAGUGGGCCCCCAAAAGCAGAACAUCAGGAGAGACCCGCCUCCCUCGCAUUAACCUGAACCACCCGAAAAGCCUUGGAAGGAGCAACGCUGAGAGCCCCGGAGAGGCUGGCUUGUUCUCUCUGGGGAAGACAGAUCCUGCCCGCCCUGAGGCCGGUGAGCAGCAGAGACGGCUGCGCAGACGGGUUAGGAGCACCCAGGAUGGGCAAACUGCUGGCAGAAAGGAAGCGGCUUCCUCUUCCCAGGACCUCACCCUGGCCGUCUGCCUGGCCGUCUUCAUCACAUUCCUCGUGGCUUUCUGCCUGGGGGCUUUUGCCAGGCCUUAUGUUGACAGACUGUGGCAACAGAGAUGCCAGAAAAAAAGUCCAGGCUCCGGAGCGGUGUACUCCAACCAGGGCUUCUACGAUGAAAUUGACACUCUGGGGAACACACAGCAGCCAAGGACAGAUCGACACCAAACUUUCCAGGAUGUAAACCUCUAUGAGAACCAAGCCCCCGGCUGGAGGACAGAGGCCAGCCCACACACGGAUGUUGCUCUUAAGGGCACGCUGCAACAGAGCAGAAAGGAGCCUGGUGGCCAGCAGGAAAGGGGACAAUGCAGGGACCCCAGUGGGUCAGGAAGUAGAAGGGAUGAGAAGCUCCCAAAUCACAGCGCGGUCUGGCCCGAUCUCCGAGCCCAGCCCGAUGCUGAGUAUACCCAAGUUACAUGGGCAGGACAGGACCAUCUCCACAGGGAUGACAUUCCUGCAGAAGGAAACUAUGACCCCGGAGCCAGGGAAGUCUCCCCUAGUGAGCCCUCAGUGGGCAUCGCUGCCGAAGCCGUGGGAUUGCAAAACGGCCCUGGCUCAAUCCAGAAGGAUUUCAAUGAGUCAGCCCUGGCUCAAUCCAGAAGGAUUUCAAUGAAAAUGAUGGCUCCUCUCUCGGAAAUGCCAACGCACACAGAAGCUCCGAGGCCUGGCGAGAAUGAGGGAAGAUGGGCUGCUGGACACUUACCUUCUGGGUUUUUUAAGGAGAACUUGCUGAGCGCACAGCAGCAAAGGCUCAAGGGCUUGGGGACAGAGGCAGAGCUUCCCUCCCACCACACUGCAGCCACACUCAGUGACCCAGGACACAUGGACCCGUCCCCGCCUGCUCUCCCUCCAGGGUGGCGCCGGGACCCGCAUGUCACUCCCGCUAACAAGGAACCAGAGCAAAAGCAUGCUUCUGAAGCUUGGUACGAGUUAGACUCCAACUCUGAUUCUGACGAAGGGUCUUUAUUUACUCUAAGUUCAAGUUCAGAGGACUGGAGACACAUGGCUGAGGAGGAAGAAGCCCUUGGCGAGGAGAGCGGGACAGCCCCCGGGCCCCUGGAAGACGAGGACUCAGGGGAAAGGAGAGACAACGUCAUGUCAUUAGAAAGCCUUGGGCACAAAUGUGAGACUCAGGAAGAUCGUUCUGAAAAAGCUCUCAUCUCCAAUCCAGUCUCCGGUUUGUUCGAGACUCACCUAGAAAGCGCCUCUAACAUCAGUAAAUUUGAGGAUCCAUUGACCUCGCCAGGGUCCGUGGGCCACAGUCCGUGCAGUCAUGAGAUCCCUGGCAUGUCCAUUUAUGAGUACAUCUCAGCUCUUCAGCCCCAGCCAGUAGAGUGGCAUUGCUCACUUAGAGACUUGGAAUUUUCAAAUGUGGAUAUUUUACCUCCAACACCAGCAUUUUCAGCCGAAGUUCCCUCAGAUCCUGAUGACAGAGCUGGUCACGAAGGAGAUGUGGACAUUUAUAACUAAGAACCUUAGGUUCAGGGAAUAGACACAGCUCAAAACAACCUUCCUUCCAAGAUCACUGCAGGGGAAAAACUGAAGAUCUUCAGAACAAGAUUCAGAAGGAGUUCCCAUUGUGGUGCAGUGGAAACGAAUCCAACUAGUAA